GCUGGAAAAGACGCGCCUUGUCCCUCAUUUUAUAUUGGAAUCAUAAAAAUGCAUGUAGUUUUUGGUGAACUCAUUCAAUGUAUUGCAUUAGGAACAAACAACUAGUUUGUCAGUUACAGCUUGUGACUAUGUGAAAGACAGAGUGAGAGAGAGAUCUUCAGAUUUAACUCUUCUGGGUUCACUUCUUACAGAGUGACAGCUUCCGGUCUGAGUUUCCUAGAUUCCUGACAGGGGUUUAAGGUUGUGGGCACUUCAUGUUUGGGAAAAAGUUGUGGCCUUUACUCCCAUUGGAGAAUGUCUGAAUCUGCUAGGCACUGUCGUUAAAUUAGAAUCAAGGAAAAUAUUGGGCUUUUAAAGGAACUAGUAAAGUGUCUUUGGAAUGUGAGCAUGAUUUUGCAAAUAAGGUUGGUCUGAAUAGAGUUCAGAAGGGCUCUCAGGAAGGAAAAGAAAGAGCCUUUUUUUUUUUGUUUGCUUUUUCCUUUUUCAUUUUCUCUGGAGAAAGUGAGAGAAACAAGGUCAAGGAAAUUUCUUUUCACCAUCUUUGUCAUAUUGGAAAUAGUUUUCUUUUUUCUUUCUGGAAGAGUCUUUGAUGAUGGUUAUGGAAGAUUUUGACAUGCAGUGAGGAGCUAAUCACCAUGUUCAUUUGGGGGCUUUACCAAAGUUUUCUUUGUUAGCAAAUGGUAUAUGUUCAAACCUUGGAGUCAAUGAAAAAGAGAUUGGAAAUUAAAGCUUCCAUUUGGGUUCUAUUCCUAUUCCUUUGAUCUGUUGUAUCUUUGUAUUUGUAUGUAAAUUAGUAGUCAAGAUCACUACUUUGUAUUGUCUGUUGAAGAAAGAUACUUUAGAAUUUCUACUUAUGAGUUCUAUUUGUAUAGUUUUCCAAUGAGAUCUUUGAUGAGACUAUGUCUUAAGUCCAUUGAAGAAGUUGGCCUGUGACUUUAUUAGGCAUAGCCAUAGCCAUAUUCAAGGUUUGGUCUGUGAUUUGGGUAUUUCAAAAUGGACAAUAAUGCACAGGAAACAAGGUCACUGGCCUUGACUCCUACAUGGUCUGUUGCUACUGUGUUAACUGUCUUUGUUGCUGUCUCUCUGCUUGUGGAACGCUCCAUUCACCGUUUAAGCAAUUGGCUACGGAAAACUAACCGGAAACCUUUGCUUGCAGCUUUAGAGAAGAUGAAAGAAGAAUUGAUGUUACUCGGGUUUAUAUCACUCUUACUAACAGCUACAUCACGCAUGAUAGCUAAUAUCUGCAUUCCAUCUAAGUUCUACAACAGUGCUUUUGCUCCAUGCACUCGAUCACAGAUUGAUGAACAAAUGGAAGAGAAUGGCUCUGAAAAGCGUAAAUUAUGGAUGGCUUCUGCUUAUCAUGUAUCUGGGAGGAUGUUGAAUGGAAUAAACAGAAGCACUUGCAAAGAGGGUUAUGAACCAUUUGUUUCGUAUGAAGGUCUAGAGCAGCUGCACAGGUUCAUUUUUGUCAUGGCAGUAACUCAUAUAUCUUACAGUUGCCUAACUAUGUUGUUGGCCAUUGUGAAGAUUCACAGUUGGAGAGUGUGGGAAGAUGAGGCUCACAUGGAUCGGCGUGAUUCAUUAUCUGAAAUUACAAGAGAGUUGACUAUGAGAAGGCAAUCAACCUUUGUCAAGUCUCAUGUAUCAAAUCCAUUGUUCAAAAACAGUUCCCUUAUUUGGGUGCUGCAGACAUGUUUUUUUCGACAAUUUGCACAUUCUGUGGUUCGUGCUGAUUAUCUUACACUUCGCAAAGGCUUCAUCAUGAAUCACCACCUUUCAUUAAAGUAUGAUUUCCACAGCUACAUGGUUCGGUCUAUGGAAGAGGAAUUCCAAAGGAUAGUUGGUGUGAGUGGCCCACUCUGGGGAUUUGUUGUUGGCUUCAUGCUUUUCAACAUUAAAGGAUCUAACCUAUAUUUCUGGAUAGCUAUCAUUCCUGUAUCUCUUGUGCUAUUGGUGGGAACAAAGCUACAGCAUGUCAUUGCAACCUUGGCAUUGGAGAAUGCUGGAAUUGCAGGGUUCUUCCCAGAAGCAAAGUUGAGGCCUCGUGAUGAACUCUUCUGGUUUAAUAAGCCUGAACUAUUGUUGUCCUUGAUCCAUUUCAUUCUCUUCCAGAAUGCUUUUGAGCUGGCUUCAUUCUUUUGGUUCUGGUGGCAGUUCGGAUAUGAUUCUUGCUUUAUUAGGAAUCACCUUCUCCUGUAUUUAAGGCUAAUAUUGGGCUUUGCAGGACAGUUUCUUUGUAGCUAUAGCACCUUGCCACUAUAUGCACUUGUUACACAGAUGGGAACAAAUUACAAGGCAGCAUUAAUCCCACAGAGGAUAAGAGAAACAAUUCAUGGAUGGGGUAAGGCAGCAAGGAAGAAGAGAAAACAUGGUCUGUUCCCUGAUGACUCCACCAUUCAUACAGACACAAGCACUGUGUUGUCUAUUGAAGAAGAUGAUCAAUUAAUUGAUGCCCCUGAAGUAGAAUUGCAACCAGUGCCAGCUGUUACAUCUACCCCUUCUCCCAUUGCUAAUGAAACUUCAAGUAGGGCUGCCACACCCCUCCUAAGACCCUCUGCUUCAAUAUCUUCAGCACAUAGCAGUUCUAAAGCUGAAGUAACUUUAAGAUGCUCCUCUAUGCCAAGUGGCAGAUAAAAUAUCUGCAAUGGAGGAAAAUGAAAAAGGUUAACUGAUAUAUUGAUGAAGAUAGUAUGAUAAUUAAAGAUGUAUAAGAUGAUUACUAGUUCAAUUAAGAAAAGCUUUACAAGGUAAUAGUGCUAAUUUAUGUGGAAUAACUAUAGAAUAUGAGUGACUUUUGUUGGUAUCAUGCAGUAACACAAUUUCUUUUUGGAUUUGACUUUAUGUAAAUUGUUAAAGUUGAUUAUACAUUAAAGAAAAUGGAUGUCAAUGCAGUUUGCAGAAAA